CCAUUUAAGUUUUUCGCGGGACAGCUGACACUGUGUUUAUUUCCUGGUAUGUCAACUGAGAAACCAAAAUAAAUCCCGCGAAAUCGCCGACAGACAUUUAAGAACUCAUCUUAUCGUUUAUUCAAUAAUGAUCGCGACACUUCUGACUUUAUUGAUGAUAUCGGCGCUGGCUGCGGGAGAGCUUCGUGUCUCCUGUCAGAACCGGAUCCUGAUUGACGACCUCGUUCUACAGUGUCAAGUUGAUCCGCGGGUCGACUUGUCUGCUCUCACAAUGGACGUGAAGAGACCAGACCUCCAACAUGAGGGGAGACCUCGAGUCAAAUAUAUCGUCCACGCAUAUCGACACCAACACGACUUCCUUACUGAUCAGAUGGAUCAGUACAAAGGCAGGACGACUCUCAACCGUGAAGACCUGAAGAACGGAACCAUCACUCUCCGGAUCUCCUCAGUGGGCCCGUCUGACAGCGGACGGUACAAAAUCUUUGUCCCACAGCUGAACGCCAGUCGUCUUGUUGACAUCACUGUUUGUGAGAACCGGACCAAUACCAGCACAUCUGGACCUCCAGUGGAAGACGUGACCGAGCCAGACAGUCCUGAUGCUGCAGAGACGGAGGCGGUCAGGACAAGAAGAAGUCACAUUCCCAGCGUCUGUGCUGCUGCUGCUGCUGUGGUUCUGGUUCUGGUUCUGGUUCUGGUCCUGGUGAAAUGUUUAAAUACCCAGUUUCAUAAGAAGAAAGAAGCAGAGAUGAUGACAGAUGACUUUGAACUGGAACCCCGAGGAACUGAACAACAGAGGAGGUCGCUGCUUUCAAAUUAAAAGCUCCCCGCUAAGAGCCCAGUUCUAAACUCCAAUGGGGUGCAAUGCAAAGCUCUUAUUUUGAAGAAAAAUUCAUUGUCACUUUUUUUUUUUUUUUUUAACUGAACAAUUUAAGUGUGCAAAACCACAUUUUCAUGAAUUGAUGCCCAACUUCAUCAUACAACAUAAGUUGUGAAAAUAGCAGAUCUACGAGUUCAACACGUUGUGAGCUUGUAGAUCUUAUGUAUUUAUUGACUUAAAUUAUUUUGAUACAAGACUAUACUUUUUCUCCCAUUUUUACCUGUUUGAGUUUUUGUCAACUAGAACUGGACUUAAACUAUCACAUACAGAAAUGACUAAAAUUUGACUAAAACUAAAAAGCAUUUUAGUCCAAAAGACUGAGAAUAAAUCUAAAAUACCUGCUAAAAGCAACACUGACCAAAACCAGCUUCACCAAACACAAACACACUUUAACCUGCCGGAAACGUGAAGUUGUUACAUCUCAGAAACAUCCUGGAAGAUUUAAUGUGGUCCAGAAAUGAGUGUUUGUAAGGAACCUUUUUCUAGUUUACCAUCAACUCAAAUCCUACAUCUGAUCCUCUGAGGAAUCAGUGGCUGUAAAACAGACUCAGUUAUUCUGUAAAUAUAUAUAAAUGAAUUCAUUAAAAUAAUAAAUGAUUGUGUAAAUAUUUCUCUGUAUAAUGAGUCCUGAGUGUUCGCUGAUGGUUCAGGAGAUUCUGGAGUGAUUCUAAUGGUUUCUGUCCACAACAGGUUGAACAGAAAGGAUGAAAUAAAACCAGAUGGAAAUAUAAGUAUCACUUGAUGACAUGUCAUGUAUUUAUCUGGAUGUGACAGUGAAGAGAGAAAGACGGCCCACAUGCUGCACAGGGUCGAGGCGGGAGUCCAACCCGGGACGGAUCUGCUGGGCUGCUCUGAUCAGUGAUAAAAAGCGUGUCGGAUAUGUUGUCGGCUUUGUGUCGGACUGAUAGCAGAAAUAAAAACAGUGUGGAGUCCUGACAGAAGGUCUGAGCAGCAGCAGCAGUCCUGGACCGCCGUCCCUCUCCUGUCAGAACCUCCAUCACCUCCAUGUGCAGAACAUGUGGCUCAGUUUAUAGCAGAAGGUGCAAUAUUGUCAUGUGUUGAUUGUGAAGCGAUCCAGACUUAUUCUGGUGACUUUGUUCUGAUCUAGCUGAUCAUGUUACUGCAGGAGAUGAUGGUCAUGUCAUCCAGUCACUGACUGCAUCAGUUGUUUGUGUUGUGAUAUUUUGUACCGUCUCAACACAACGUGACACUUGAAGCUUCAAAUCAAAUAUAUGAUGAUAAAAAGUC